AUGUCUUCCACCACGCGCACAACUCCACCGAAUGCAAACGGGCAAUCAUCACAGACUAUGGUACCUCCACCAAAUCCAUUUGCUAUGAAGCAGCCGUACAUCCACCCGACUACGCUCCCUACUCCCAAUGUGCCCCAAAUCGGCUCCAGGUCCCCGGGAUACUCGUCACACUCAUACAGUCACUCUACGUCACCAAGCACCGCCUCUGGUAGUCUGCCAGAGCUUCAAAACCACGAUGGUGCUGGUUCGAUGAGAUCGCCUACUCAGAUGUCCUCUGCGAACCUAAAUGCGCAGAAGCGAGCAUACAGGCAGCGACGGAAAGAUCCUUCGUGUGACGCCUGUCGAGAACGCAAAGUGAAGUGCGAUGCUACGGAGACUUCGGCCUGCUCAGAAUGUUCGAGUCGUAACCACAGGUGUCAGUUCACAAAAGAAACCAAUCGCCGAAUGUCCUCGAUCAAACAGGUUCAAGACCUCCAGAGUCAGAUUGCCGAGUUAACUCAGGUCAACUCCCAGCUACGAACCAAAGUUUCGGACAAGGACCCGUUAGAAGCCGAUCGGACGGAUAUGAAGCGAAGAUACUCUGAAGCACACGUUGGCGCCACAUCAGGACCGCAGCGAAUGUCUGUACCAGUCUUGCACAAUUUCGAUCACGUCCGCACCAACAUCAUAUCGUAUGCUCAGGGUGUAUUCAGCACGCCUCACGGAAAUCACGGCCACGGUGUUGAGUCGAGUUGGCAUAUGCCAGAAGUACCCUUACGGACGGAUUUUGUAUAUUUUUCCCAGGCGUAUCAUGUUACAAUACAUGAGUCGUAUCCUGCAGUUCAUUGGCCCACAUUUCAACUUGAGGUAGACGCCGUUUAUGCGUCAAGGAGCUUUGAAGGCAGACCGCGUGCAUGGAUUGGUUUAUUCUUUGCAAUACUAGCUUGCGGUACCUUGCGACCCAGGACUGAUCGCCCAAUGUCUCCUUCUGUAACAUCAACAGGUCAGGCAAUGUUCGAAAUUGCAACUUCCGCCGUUCAGCCUUGGCCCCAGGAUCUUUCCGUCACACAUGCGCAAGCGGCACUGGUACUGAGUAUAUAUGCGUCUGAGAGCAACAUGCGCUCGGUUAGCUCCAUGUGGCUUGCGUCUGCCGUAAGAAUUGCGCAAGAGUUACAAAUCUGUCCUGAAGUCGAUUGCUGGUCGGCUGUUGUGGGAGAAACACGGCGAAGGCUGUGGUGGGCCAUUUAUGUGCGCGACAGAAUCACGUCUCUGGAAACAAGUAGACCAAUGCUUAUCCACGAAGACGACUGUGAAAUCUCGCUCCCAUCUUCGUCGGCCGACCACUACAUUACACCCAACGGCUCGUUUCGAGGGAUUCCGGAGCCUGUUCCAUGUACUGGCUUUUUGGCUACAAUACAGAUAACCCGCUCAUACGCACCAUUAUCUCAGGCGCUGAAGUCGAGCGUCAUCAUGCCAAAGACGUUGCAAAACUUUGAUGAGCAGUUGCGUUCAAAGUUACUAAUACUCCCAGAAACCUACAAACCAGAUUCAGAUGGUUACUUCGACUCGAAAGGAUUACCCACCGUCUUCGCCGUACUCUCUGCUCGAUUUCAUCUCUACAGACGCAACUUCAGCCCCGUCUCCGGUCCGAACGAACGAACGAACGCAUUGAAUCGCUGCGUCUCUGUCGCUGAGGACACAUCGAAGUACGUCUCGAGAGUGCUGCAUAAUCCCGUAAUGCAAGAUGCUGGGAAGAACUGGGCAGAAAGAGUGGCUUUGAUUGCGAGCAACACGGUUUGUUUGCACUUGUGGCGGUGCAUUCUAGUGUUGUGCUUCCGAAGCGAGUACGAUGCUGCGCUCAUGUGCUUGCAUCUUUCAAAGGCUAUUGGAAACCUGCGCAAGAUUAACGUUGGCUGUGGGAGACACAUCGGAUUCGUUUUAGACCGGUUACUGGAUCGAGUGCGCAGCGGCCACGGAAGCAUCCAACAACUUGAACGGGACGAAGAGAUGAUCGCAUACGUCAGUGGUGAUGCUCAAAGUAGCCUAGAGCAUUCUUGGGUUUGGUCAGGCACGGAUUUGGCCUUGUCAACCUCACAGGAUGUGUUUCCUGGUGCUCCGCGACAGUCAGGAGGUGAUGAGCCGAUGAGAGACGCGCUACCCUACCGACCGUCAUCUUCUACACCAACGAACGGCACGACAGAUUGGGAUGAGUGGGCAAAGAUUGAGCAUACAGUGCGUCAAUUGAUGGGCGAACAUGUCCAUCGAAACACGCAGCCAUCAUCCUAUUAUCUACCACCGCACAACCCUGUGAAGCGUGUACAACUGGCUACGGAUAUUCUCUCACCGCCGAAGACAACAGCGAACCCAAGCCCGACGCCAUCUAGUACAAGUCGUAUCAGCAUUGCGAACAUUAUAUAG